UGGUCUCGCCCGUGCUUUCCUUCCUGUGUACCGGUUGGGCGGCGGCCGCUCGCUGUCCGGAAGCGCCGCAGCCGCCGCUUCGCAUCGCCACGCUCUGACCCGGACUCGGUGCCGUCACCGCCAGAGCCAACAGCCAACAUGUCUAGCAAAAGGGCAAAGACAAAGACCACCAAGAAGCGCCCUCAGCGCGCCACGUCCAAUGUGUUUGCCAUGUUUGAUCAGUCCCAGAUUCAGGAAUUCAAGGAGGCCUUCAACAUGAUUGAUCAGAACAGGGAUGGCUUCAUUGACAAGGAGGACCUGCACGACAUGCUCGCCUCUCUUGGAAAGAACCCCACGGAUGAAUACCUGGAUGCCAUGAUGAAUGAGGCUCCAGGCCCCAUCAACUUCACAAUGUUCCUCACAAUGUUUGGUGAGAAGCUCAAUGGCACUGAUCCAGAAGAUGUCAUCAGGAAUGCUUUUGCUUGCUUUGACGAAGAAGCAACAGGGUUUAUUCAAGAAGACUACCUGCGGGAGCUGCUGACCACAAUGGGAGACAGGUUCACAGAUGAAGAGGUAGAUGAGCUCUACAGAGAGGCACCAAUUGACAAAAAGGGCAAUUUCAACUACAUUGAAUUUACACGCAUCCUUAAACAUGGAGCAAAAGACAAGGAUGACUGAGCAAAUCCCUGGACACCUGCAGAUUCUCUCUACUUUACACUUAUGUUUAUUUUUGAGGGGGUUUUCCUGGUAGAACUUGUUGCAUGCAUUUAGCUUUACAACUUUUGCCUUUCUUAAUGUAUUUAUCUAUUC